AUGUGGGAUAAAAUAUUGAAUCAAAUAUAUCGUGUAAAUAAAUUAUUACAAAGCUCAAAUAUUUCAAUAGAUCAGGCUUCAAAAAUGAUAAAUUGUUUAAAUGUUUCUCUCCAAGAAAUGCGUGAUAGUGGAAAUGAACAAAUUAAAACUGAAGCUAUUAGUAUUUGUGAUAAAGUUGGAAUAAAAUCUGAAUUAAAAAUCAAAAGGACAAUAAAAAGGAAAGUUAUGAGUGGAGAAAAUUCAUCGGGUGAAGAUAUUUCUGCAGAUCAAUUUUUAACAUUGGAAUACUACAAAGUUCUUGAUAAUAUGAUGGCUCAAAUGAAAUGGAGGUUUGAACAAUUAUCAAAUAUUGCUGAUGAUUUUCAAUUCCUUUCUGCUCAUUCACUAUCUGUUACACCAGUUGAAAAAAUGAAAAAAUAUGCAGCUGAUUUAGCUAUCAAAUACAACGAAGAUAUUGACCAGGAAAUAAUUAACGAAAUCGAAUUUUUUAAAUAUCAAGUAAAAGCAAUUUUACCAGAUUUAAACGCAACUGCUUUAAAUAUUUUAAACGCAAUUAAAAAAUAUGAACUUGAUUCAACUUGUCCAAACUUAAUGACUGCACAUAGAUUGUUUCUUACCAUGCCUGUUACCGUCGCUUCCGGGGAACGCUCUUUUAGUAAAUUGAAACUAACUAAGACGUAUUUACGGUCAACCAUGUCGCAAAACAGAUUAACCAAUUCUGCAAUAUUAUCAAUUGAGCAUGAAAUAACAAAAAGCAUUGAUUUUGAAGACGUCAUUGAAGAUUUUGCUUCAAUAAAGUCCAGAAAAAUUAAGUUUUAA